AUGGCUGGCUCGGGCACUCGUCGCAUCCAGUGGAGCCGACGACUCUCGCUGGCCGCGGCCUGCUUGGCCGCAGUGUUGGUGCUCGCAUGUCUUGCCUCAGCCUUCAUCCUGCCGCCGUCAGCAUCAUCUGCGGGCCCUCCAGCCGCAUUGGUGCCUGCUCACGCGCCAGCUGCGGCACCGCGGCCGACAAGGCGAGCCCUGCUGCACUUCUGCACCUCGGCGCAGUGCCAACAGGAAGGACAGCGGCUGAACAGUUCCAUCGCGCGGAACCAGAACCCGUGCCGCGACCCGUACCGAUACGCAUGUGGCCACACCGCGCACAGCCAGGUGACAGACUUACGAAGAGGAGACGAGCGCCGCCUCAGCGCGCUGCUGUCCUCGACGGUUGUGCCGCGGAACCGGCAGACUGUGGCCGAGAAAGCAGCCGCCCUCUACCAGGGCUGCCUGAAGACAGAGCUGCUGACGGCGCAGAGCCGCGACGCCUGGUGGUCCGUGGCGCAACGUUUGGGUGUGUCCCAGUUCCCAUUGCCGCUGGACAAGGAGCCCCCUGUGGCGCCAGAGCAGCUAGCGGGACACUUGCUGCGGCAUCUCGGCUUGGGACCCCUGAUCGGCCUUCGGCUAGCCGCCCCGCCCGGAAACCGCUCGGCAGUCGCCAUAUACGUGCACCCUCCUCCGGCGGCUGCCAGCUGGCGCUGGAACGAGACGGCAUCGGGGCUGCAGGCGCUGACCCAGCGAUCUCCGGAGGGCCAGCUGGUGCGCGCCCUGGUCGAUCUGGACCGCACCGUGGCGCGCAUCGCGGCCAAGGCCACCCCGCCCGUAGCCACCUACGUGCCGCGCUACCACACCGUGCGCAUCUUCAGCCUUCCCCAACACGCCAAGUGGCGCUGGCGAGAGGUGUUCUCGGUCCUGCUGGAGGACCUGGCGGCGCCCCAGACGGUGAGCUUGGUUCUCACGGCACCGGGCUACGUGGAGGAGGCGGCGCCACUGUUGGCCGACGCCAGGCCAGCGGCGGUGCACAACUACCUGGCCUGGCGGCUAGCGCUCGAGCUGGCCCCGCUGUUACCCGUGCUGCCGGCCUCGGUCGCGCUCGGCGGCGUGCAGCAACGCCCAGAGCGGCGAUGCCUUCGCGAGCUGCGCGCCCUCAUGGAGCACGCGGCCACUGCGCUGCUGGCGCCCCAGCCAGGACCGCAGGGCCGCUCGGCGGCGCGCGACGUGCUGGCUUCAGCGACGGACCAACUGAAGCGGCAGCUGGUCGACUACAUGUGGAUUGCCGAGCCGGUGAGCCAGCGCGCCGUGCAGAAGCUGAACGCGCUGCAGGCGCACCUGUUGUACCCGCCUUUCGUCGAGGACAAAAUGGUGCUCGAGCAGAUCUACCGCCAGGUGCCCGACAUCGGCGGCGACAGUCCCGUGCUGCUCGACUGGUUCCGUGCACGAUCCGCGGUCAUGCUCAAGCGAUGGAAGGCGCUCGCCGGCAAAGGACUGCCCCCGCUGUGGGACGUACCUUACAUGGAGCCUGCCGUCCACUACCUGGCCGACUCAAAUGAGCUGGUGGUGCCUGUAGGAGUGCUCCGCGAGCCCAUCUACUCGGCGCCUGGCAACACUCUGCCUUUGGACUUCGCGCGCUUCGGGUUCCAGCUGGCCCGCCAACUUGCGCAGGCCGUACUGUAUCGCGGUGCCUUCCACGACGAGUCCGGUGCGCUGAGCUUCUGGUGGGAGCGCAGCAGCUUUGUGCGGCUGCGUCACGCCGAGCACUGCCUGGCACGCCACCACGCAGCCGACCCGGCCGAGGCUGUGCUCGACCAGGUGGCGUUGCAGGCGGCUUACGCGCUGUACAAGCAACGGCAGCAGGGCAGCGCAGGUCUCCGACUAGCUGCUCUGCCGAACGCGUCGGCGGACCAGCUCUUCGCACUUGCCUUUGCCACGGUGAGUGGCAAUGGUGUGUGACGGAAGCAGAACCAUGUUGCUGAACUUCUUUGGAGGUACACAGCAAAGUUCAUUGAUUCUGAUGAUGGUGAAGCAGUCCCAUUCCUUUAGAAACGAUUUGUAGCACAGGAAAUGGAGACACAAAAGAAGACAGGAGACUACAUAAGAGCUGCACACAGUGCUCAUAAACACUCACUCUCCUGCGUUCUUUUGUGUUUCCCGCACUACAAAUUGUUUCUGAUGGACAACAGGCCCAAAUCUCCAUAACUCCCAUUCCUUCUACAUGUGAGCAAGACCACAGCUAUGCAUCGGAAAGGUGCUGUUCAUUCUCUGGCAAUUUGAGGGCUACGCAUCACGUUUCUGCUUCCUCCGCUGCCGUCGUUAAGAGCCCUAAACUUUGGCAUGUGUGCAGGGCAUGUGUGCCGAGGGAGAUGAAAGGCCAAGAGCCAGGGACAGGGUGAACCUGGCGCUUCGCGAGUGGGCGCCGUUCCGCCAGGCUUUUGGCUGCCCCGAAGAAAGGCAUCCGUGCGGCCUGCGCUAGCUCAGUCCAAGAUGACGAUCUGGUCGGGCGGUGCCCGGCUACGGCAAGGCCGCCGGGCCCAGCGCCGAAGCUCGGCCGUACUCAGCUGCCGUCGAAGACGCCUGCGAAGGAAUAAUAAUAA